CCACGCUGAUUGGGCAAGCGUCCCUCGAGCUCCUUGCUGAUUGGCUGCCCCCUGACAGUCUUUUUCAGGCUAGUGGCGCGCGCCGGGGCGGAGCGCGAGCGGUUGUGUGGCGGCGGAAGUGCGUCCGCCGGGAAGAUGCUGCCCUUGUCGCUGCUGAAGACGGCACAGAACCACCCCAUGCUGGUGGAGCUGAAGAAUGGGGAGACCUACAAUGGGCACCUGGUGAGCUGUGACAACUGGAUGAACAUCAACCUGCGAGAGGUCAUCUGCACGUCCCGGGAUGGGGACAAGUUCUGGCGUAUGCCUGAAUGCUACAUCCGAGGCAGUACAAUCAAGUACCUACGCAUCCCAGACGAGAUCAUCGACAUGGUGCGGGAAGAGGCAGCUGCCAAGGGCCGAGGGCGCGGUGGCCCACAGCAGCAGAAACAGCAGAAGGGCCGUGGCAUGGGCGGUGCUGGCAGAGGUGUGUUUGGUGGCCGUGGCCGAGGUGGGAUACCAGGUGCAGGCCGAGGUCAGCCAGAGAAGAAGCCAGGCCGGCAGGCAGGCAAGCAGUGAGGGUGUAUCAGCCCAAGCCAGGGCCGCCACAGGGUGAAGCCCCAACGGGUAGUGGUUUGGUGAAGUCUGCAACAGGCCAUGACUCAGUUUCUGGAAGGUUCUGCACUUGGGCGCCAGCUGUGAAGCUCCAGCUGUCCUGUGAAGGGUUGGUGGCCCUGAGGUGCUGUUUUGUGUUUCACAUGGGAGCCCAGGAGGCUCUGGUGUGUUGGACUCUGUGCCCUGCCCAGGCCCUGCUCUGUGAGGAAAAUAAAGGCAGGUACCACAGAC